UUAUUUUUCUGAAUAAAAAAGGUAAGCGGGCACAGAUCAUUGGCCGUACUCAAAGCGACAGGAUCUGUCAGAUACUCUGCAUUCAUUCAGCAAGUUGACAGCUUGCAGAAGUGUUGAACGUACGGUUUGAAAUUGCAUCUUUUGUUUUGGGAAUAGUACGCAUCCAUAACGCAUUAUUACUAAGCUGCAUGAUGGCAGGUUUGCUUUCUACGCAAUGCAACUCAACGCUGAGUAAAAUAAAACAUUUGAGGAAUAACCCUGCCCUGUCAGUUCUAACGAGCACUCAUCGUAAAUACAGCAGUAAGGAUGGAGCAGGAUCCGAGUAUCUGCACAAGAGUGUCGUCCCGAGCAUGCACUACCAGAAGAGUUUGCCCAGGUUACCAGUUCCAAAAUUGGAGGAUACAAUACGAAGGUAUUUGGCAGCUCAAAGACCCCUGCUGAAUGAUGAACAGUACAGUAAUACAGAAAAAUUAGCACAGGAGUUCCAGGGUGGUGCUGGCAAGCAGUUACAUGAAGAACUUGUAGCCUUAGACAAGAAAAACAAACACACCAGCUACAUAUCAGCUCCAUGGUUUGACAUGUACUUGUCUGCUCGGGAGUCUAUAGUGCUUAACUUUAACCCCUUCAUGUCCUUUAACCCUGACCCCAAACCCAAAUACAAUGACCAGCUUGUGCGGGCCACCAACAUGGUGUGCUCAGCCGUCCGCUUCAUGAAGACCCUUCGUGCCGGUUUACUGGAGCCAGAGGUGUUUCACCUUAACCCUGCCAAAAGUGACACAGAUAGUUUCAAGAAGCUGAUUCGAUGGGUGCCACCCUCCAUCUCAUGGUUCGGAGCCUACAUGGUGAACGCCUAUCCCCUGGAUAUGUCCCAGUACUACCGCCUCUUUAACUCAACACGUAUACCAAAAUACAAGCGAGAUGAGCUCCUCACAGACGACAGGGGCAGGCACCUGCUCGUAAUGAAGCGAGGAAACUUGUAUGUGUUUGAUGCUCUUGAUCGGGACGGCAACCUGAUCAAGCCUGCUGAGGUUCAAGCUCACCUUAAAUACAUACUUGAAGACACAACACAAGCUCCUCCGUUCCCCUUAGGUGUCCUAACUAGUGAGAAUAGAGACACCUGGGCAGGGUUAAGACAAAAACUACUGGAUGCUGGAAAUGGGGAAGCUCUGCAGUUAGUAGACACUGCUUUGUUUUGCCUGUGCUUGGAUGAGGAGGUGAUGAGAGACCACAUCCACAUCUCCCACAACAUGCUGCAUGGAGACGGCUGCAACCGCUGGUAUGACAAGUCCUUCAGUGUCAUCUUGGCUAAGGAUGGACAGGCAGCCAUAAACUUCGAGCACUCUUGGGGUGAUGGUGUGGCUGUCCUCCGUUUCCAGAAUGAGGUCUUCAAGGACACCACGGAGAAGCCUCUGGUUGGUCCUGGUUCCCAGCCUGCGUCUGUGGACUCGUCUUCAGUGGUGCGCCGUUUAGAGUUCAAGCUUAAUGACGAGUUAAAAACUGGAAUCACAAAAGCCAAAGAAAAUUUCCAGGCUGCCGUAUCAAAGCUCACCAUCGAUGCCAUGGAGUUCAAGAAAGGUGGAAAGGAGCAGCUUAAGAAGAAGAAGCUCAGCCCAGAUGCCAUCGCCCAGCUUGCUUUCCAGAUGGGCUUCCUAAGACAAUAUGGCCAGACGGUCGCCACUUAUGAGUCCUGUAGCACUGCAGCCUUUAAACACGGCCGCACAGAAACCAUCCGUCCUGCUAGUAUCCACACUAAGCAGUGUGCAAAAGCCUUCGUCCAGCAGCCUGGACAGCACAGUGUGGAGCAGUUACUCGGGCUGUUGAAUGAAUGCUCUAAAUACCACGGGCAACUCACAAGAGAGGCGGCCAUGGGUCAAGGUUUUGAUCGCCAUCUUUUCGCCAUGCGCUACCUGGCUAAUUCGAAAGGAAUGGCACUGCCCAGUCUGUACCAGGAUCCUGCAUAUGCUGCCAUAAACCACAACAUCCUGUCCACCAGUACUCUGACCAGCCCUGCGGUCAGUCUGGGUGGGUUUGCUCCUGUGGUGCCUGAUGGUUUUGGAGUGGGUUAUGGAGUUCAUGAUGAAUGGAUCGGGUGCAAUGUGUCCAGCUACCCUGCCAGAGAUGUUCAUGAGUUCCUUAAGUGUGUUCACAAGUCCUUGGAAGACAUUUUUACAGUUCUUGAUGGAAAACCCAUUCAUUGAAAGCACACUUAAUAUGUUGAAGUUAAUUGAAGCACUUAGCAGGCGAACUAAGCUGAAUGUAGAGGAUUUGUGUUUAACACAAUAAUACUAAUGUGUUGAGUCUGUAGUUUAAAUGUAGAGAGUGAAGGUUAGAACUUACAUGCUGUGCACUGUGUGGAAUUGAUAAAUGUGACUGCUCAUUGCUAAGUUCAUGCUAAAUUAAGUGAUGUAAUGAACAAAAAUGUUUAUGGGAGUAUAGAUAAUUUACAUUUACUGCAUUGUGUAACUAUUGCCAUUAAAUUUUCUCCAAAUGAAAAAAAUUUGCAUCAAAAAAGCUGAAAGACCUGUCAUGUGCCUUAUAAGAAACACUGAAAACAAUAGUGAGUGUAAAUAUUGUAACAAAGCUUAAUAAAAUCAUUUCAACGGAUUAAAA